AUGAAAAAAGCUACAGAUGGUGGUGGUAAUGGUGGUGGUGUCGCGAUUGUUGUUUUGUCGGUGGUAGUGUUGUCGGCGGUGGUGGAGGAGGCGGUGAUGGUGGCGGUGGCGGCGGCGGUGAUGGUUUCGGUGGUGGUGGUGAUGGUGGUGGUGUCGAAGUUGCGGUGGUCGUGUCGUGAUGGUGGAGGUGGUGGUGUCGGCAGUCGUCAUGGUGACGGUGGCGGCGGCUAUGGUGAGGGCGGUGGUGCUGGAGGAGGUGGUGGUGACAGUGGUGGUGAAGAACGUUGUGGUGUGGGUGAUGGUGGUGACGGCGACGGUGGUGUUAGCGGCAGCGGUGGCAGUUCAAUUACUAAAACCUCAAGUGCACUGUCGCGAGUUAGAUUCUCGCUGCGGUCCCCAUGUUUAUCACAGCCAAUUCAGCAAAAUUAUGGAAUCGUCUCCUAG